AUGCGCACUACUUUUAUCUCCGCUGCUGCGCUUGCAGCUAUCCUUCCUACUUCGGCCGCUCCCACCGCAAACGUCCCCAUCAACAAGCACGCUGAUCCGGUCAAGUCCAACUCAUGCAUUAUCAAACUCAAGGAUGGCGUCUCUACUGACGCUCACGUCAACAAUCUCAUUGCCGCUAUCGCUGCUGAAGGCAAGGUUGGGUACAAGUACGGCGCUGCCUUCCACGGCUACUCUGCUACGCUUCAAGGCAAAGACCUCGACUUCAUCCGCCAGUCGAGCGAUAUUGAGUACAUUGUUGAAGACGGUAUCAUGACCAUUGACUACGAGGAAGGUGAUGAGGCCGCUGAUUUCGUUGCUCGUGAUAUUCCUGCCGUCGAGGGCCUUGAGAAACGCGCCAAUGGUGCUGGCGUCGAUGUCUAUGGUAUUGACGCCUACGCUAACCAGGACGACACUGCCGGAACUGCCGUCGGUGCUUCUUAUGGCGUUGCUACCUCGGCGAAUAUCAUUGCUGUCAAGGAUGUCAUCGCCGGAAUUAACUGGGCUGCUACCCAAGCCCGCUCCAGUGGCUGGCCCUCGAUCGCUAACUUGUCCCUCGGAGAUGGUGCUAGUACUGCAGUCGACUCGGCCGUUACCGACACUAUUUCUGGCGGGCUCCACUUCGCCAUCGCCGCUGGAAACAGCAACGUCGAUGCCGGAAGUACCUCACCUGCCCGUGUUGCGGCUGCCAAUACAGUAGUAGGUGCGGUUGACUCCAGCAACCGCAAGGCUUCGUUCUCAAACUAUGGCCCCGUCCUCGAUGUUUGGGCUCCCGGUGUCAAUACUCUCAGCGCAUGGAUCGGAGGAACUACCCGCACCGACGCCAUCUCCGGUACUUCGAUGGCAUCUCCUCGUGUUGCUGGCUACAUCGCUGUCCGCAUUGGCAACUCAGGCAGAACUGCUGCUGCUGUCUCUUCCGCACUCGAGGCUGGUGCCCGCGCCGUCGUCACCGGUGCACCCUCCGGUACCACCAACCUCCUGGCGUAG